UAUGUUUGUUGGGAGUUUGGAGCUUGGAGAUGAGAGGUUUCCUUUGUCUAUUCAGCAGAUUCUUCUUAGAGAUUCGAAGCUUCGUAACACGGAGUACGUGUACGGAGCUGUCGUUUUCACCGGACACGAUAUACAAAGGUGAUACAAAACUCAACUGAUCCACCAUCAAAAAGAAGCAGGAUCGAGAGAAAAAUGGACAAGAUCAUCUACUUAAUGUUCGGUCUCGUAUUUCUAAUGUCCUUCAUCGGAUCAAUCAUCUUCGGAGUCGAAACAAGACAAGAUAAACUCACGAACGGAAGAACAGAGAGAUGGUACUUGAAGCCAGACGAUGCCACGAUCUUCUUUGAUCCAGAAAGAGCUCCAAUGGCUGCAGUCUACCACUUCUUCACCGCCGUAAUGCUCUACGGUUACUUCAUACCAAUAUCGCUUUACGUCUCCAUCGAGCUCGUUAAAGUUCUUCAGAGCGUUUUCAUCAACAGAGACAUUCACAUGUACUACGAAGAAACAGAUAAACCCGCGCAGGCACGGACUUCGAACUUAAACGAAGAGCUCGGUAUGGUCCACACGAUCCUAUCCGAUAAAACAGGGACUUUAACGUGCAACUCGAUGGAGUUUAUCAAGUGUUCUAUCGCGGGUACGGCUUAUGGACGUGGGAUAACGGAGGUGGAGAGAGCUAUGGCUGUGAGAAGUGGCGGUUCGCCUUUGGAUGAUGAGGAUUUAGAUGUUGUUGUUGUGGACAGGUCUGGUCCUAAGGUUAAAGGGUUUAACUUUGAGGAUGAAAGGGUUAUGAAUGGGAGCUGGGUGAAGCAGCCUCAAGCUGCCGUGUUGCAGAAGUUUUUUAGAUUACUUGCCGUGUGUCACACGGCGAUACCUGAAACUGAUGAAGAGACAGGGAAUGUCUCUUAUGAAGCUGAGUCUCCUGAUGAAGCUUCAUUUGUUGUUGCGGCACGAGAGCUUGGCUUUGAGUUCUUUAACCGGUCGCAGAAUGGGAUCUCCUUUAGGGAAUUGGAUCUUGUAACAGGGAAAAAUGUUGAAAGGGUUUACAAGUUACUAAACGUUCUUGAAUUCAAUAGUUCGAGGAAGAGAAUGUCAGUGAUUGUAAGAGAUGAUGAUGGGAGGCUCUUGUUGUUGUCUAAAGGAGCUGACAAUGUAAUGUUCGAAAGACUUGCGAAGAAUGGUCGUCAAUUUGAGGCCAAAACCCAAGAACAUGUAAACCAAUAUGCAGAUGCAGGUCUAAGGACUUUGAUACUAGCAUACCGUGAGGUUGAUGAAAACGAGUACAUAGAGUUCAACAAGGGCUUCAAUGAAGCUAAGAGUUCGGUAAGCGAGGAUCGAGAAGCUUUGAUAGACGAAAUCACAGAUAAGAUGGAACGUGAUCUCAUUCUCCUUGGUGCUACAGCGGUUGAGGACAAACUUCAGAACGGGGUUCCUGAAUGUAUAGACAAACUUGCUCAAGCUGGAAUCAAGAUUUGGGUUUUAACUGGAGACAAGAUGGAGACAGCUAUCAAUAUUGGAUUUGCUUCUAGCUUACUAAGACAAGAGAUGAAACAGAUCAUCAUCAAUCUUGAGACACCACAUAUCAAGUCCCUGGAGAAAUCUGGAGUCAAAGACGAGAUUGAAUUGGGAUCUAGAGAAAGCGUUGUGAAACAAAUAGAAGAAGGAAGGGCUUUACUGGAUGCAUCAGGCGCAAGCUCUGAAGCGUUUGCACUAAUUAUAGACGGGAAGUCGCUAACCUACGCCCUCGAGGAUGAAAUCAAGAAAACGUUUCUUGAUCUUGCCACUGGUUGCGCCUCUGUUAUUUGCUGCAGAUCUUCUCCUAAACAAAAAGCAUUGUUACAAUCGUUUACAUUUUCAUUGUAA